AACAGUUGAGGGUCAGUAUAAAAUAUAAAUUCUAGGUAUAGAUACUUUUUUUAAUUCAUGGUGAAUGUGAGACACGAUCUAAUACAGGUGAACUGUGAACCCAGUUAAAACAUGAACAAUCGAAAUACGUAUUUCAAUAAAAAAUAUUGCAAAAUGUUUCUUUCAAGUUAUAUUUGACACACUCAAUCGAUAUUUUAUCUAAUAAUCAAUACCUCUCUCAUAAAUAGAAAACUUCCGAGACCAACACAAUUAAAUCAACAUGGUUUAUCGAUUUGCAGCUCAUGAACGUGUGUGAUCCGAUUUUCAAUGCCAGUAUACAAUUGGAUGGCAGCUGUAUAUCUCGAGAAGACUAUUCUGUAGAAAAUCUCAUAUCACCAGAUGCGGAAUUACGAAAAAGAGGAUUUCUAUGCGAAACAUUCAUUCGACCACCUGUGAGCUUAACAUUCAGUUUUCCAUUUGCAUUUGACAUUAAGUAUGUGGUGAUAGGCACACGGGUGGGUGGUCAGAAGUCCUCGGGAUUUCAGAUAUUAGCUGGACGCAGUGGCAACGUACAAAAAAUCUGUUCCAUGAUUACUGAAAAAGAGACAAUAUUGUUUCAUGAUAAUAGUAUAGAUUUAUCCGACUUUGGGAACGAUUACGACAAAUGUUGUUUUAAUAUAUCGGCAAGUAGAAAUAUCAGAUCAGCUGAGAAGUUAUCUGUGCGUAUUUUCAAGACAGCAAAUUCUAUACCAGCAAUAGGCAAAUUGGAAGUUUGGGGAAAGAUUUCAUAUGGUGUACCAAAAGAAAUCCAUCAAUCAAUAAUGCGUAAUUGGGAAGAAAGUAAAAGACCAAAACAGAUACAAAAAAAAAUUUGUAACGGACAACCGAUCACAGAAAAUAAUUCUGACAUUUUUGCUAUGUGUGAUGACUUUUUAGAUUCGAUUACUUAUGAAGUAAUGACAUGUCCUAUGGUUCUACCUUGUGGAAAAUAUGUUGACAGUACAACAGUAGAAAAGUGCAUCAAACAUGAUACCAUGUAUGGACGUACACCUUGUGACCCUUUUACUGGGAUACCAUUUACAGAUAAAUUAAAGCCAAUGCCUGUGCCUGAAUUGAAAGGACGAAUUGAUUCGUUUUUAAUAAAACACGCUGAUGAUGAAAAUGUCAAGUGUAUACCACGUGCAGUGGGUAAACAUAGUUUAAGUUUUUACACAGAACGACAUACUAAAAAAAUCRAAGUACAAUGUAGUACAUGUUACGAAAAUUGUAAUUUGUAUAAUUUACCUUGCAAACAUCUGCAAUGUAGAAAUUGCCUAAAGACUGAGAGAAAUAUAUGCAAUGUUUGUAACAGUAAAUUUGAUCGGAAUCAAGUAGAAAAAUAUCAUAAAAACCAUUAGUAUAGAMAAAAUUUUAUCAUAACAUAGAUCAUUGAUUACAUUUAUGAUUUUCUGGUCAUUCCUUCAAAGAGGUACUAGACGACCAGUGAAAGACAACUCUUCAUCUAUUAUUUUAGUUUCUUAUUUACUAUUUUUUUAAACAACAUACAUUGUACAUUAUGUGUUGAUUUUAUUAAUCUGAUA